CUUGUCUGCUCAAUAAGAAACCUGACAAGAGUGUGUAUGCAGAAAGAAAACAACACAAGGGAAAUAAACAACACAACCAAGGAUAAAAAGAGCCCUCAUGACCAUGGCUGACUGGAGAGAAGAAAGAAGAAGUCUUUCACCUCCAGGUUUGUGGAGUGCCCAGGAACUGGACACUGAUCUGGGCCGUAGGUCUUUCCGGCACACUCUUAGGUCUUUAAGUCCUCUCGCUCUCUCGGAUCUUGACUUUUGGGAUGGUAGAUCUUUUCUUAAAACUUGGAAAUCUCCAGCAUGGAGUUGUGUGGGAUUUUCUGGAUCACCUCUCAACUCAAAAAUCAGCAAAAGCACUCUAGGCAGUCAGCGGCACAAGGACUCUUUGGGAAUAAAGAGAUGGUCUUCAGCCUCUCGUCUGGCUCCAGAAGGGGCUCCACGAUCACACUCUUCUGCAGAAGAUUUUGAGCUCCGAGCUGCUCUGGAGGAAAGCCGCAUGAAGAGAGCAGAACUUGUCCAGAGGCUCAGAGAGGCCAGAGGUCACCUGGAUGCUCAGACAGACCUACUAAGAACCAAGGGGUUUCAGCUUCAACAAAGCAAGAGCCUCAGAAACCUUUUGGACAUAAAGCACAAGCAGCUUUCUGAAGCAGUAAAAGUUCUUGAGCAAGACAAAGGAGCUGCUGAGAUGAGUCGCUUUGAGGACAGCCGCCGUCGUAGAGAAUUAAACGAUAAAGUUCUGCAGCUCGAGUUGGACAUUUUGAAGAUGAGGUCCAGCCUGGAAACUCUGUCCACAUCAGUGGAUCUACCCAGCAGAACUCUGCCGCAUACUAAAGACCAAAUCCUCAGAGAGAGACAGAAGCAGGCUGAGAUGGAGAUAAAGAAACUAAGAGAAGCUCUCAGAAAGGCUGAGGAGAAAACAGAUGAGCUGGAAUAUGAGAAAGAGCAUGCACUAAAGCAGCUUCACUCCUCUGAUGAGCACAAAGAAGAGGCUAUAAACAAAGCAGGAGAGAUGGAGCAAAGGCUGAGCAGCUCCAUCCAGAACCAAGCAGAGCUAGAAGAGCAGCUCAAUGAGUCUCGCAGCCGGCUGGGACAAAUGGAGCUGGAAAAAGACCUGUUUUCUGCAAAGAUGCGGAGACUAGAAGACAAUCUGAAUGACUUGAAGGUCAAACUGUCUGGAGCUUUAAUGGACAAAGACCGUCUUCUCCAGGAGAAAGCAGAGCUCUAUCAGAAGAUCCAGAGUUUGGAUCUGCAGUUGCAGAGAGAGCAGAGGAGCAAACAGGGCUUCAGUGAACAGAUGUCUGAACUUCAUUCUGAGCUUUCACAAGCUAAGAGCCAAAGCAGCAAACAGAAGAUGGACACAAUGCUGAUGAAAGAGGAGCUGCUUUCAGUUAAAGAGUUGAAAGAAAAGCUGUCGUCUGAUCUAACCAAGGCCACAGAGAGACUACAGGUGACCCUUAACCAGUUACACAAGCUGGAGGCGGAGAAACUGAUCCAAACCAAUCAGAUUACAGCACUGGAGACUGAACGCUUGCAGCUGAUUGUAGAGAAGGAGGAGCUAAGGAAAACAUUUGAUGAGGGUCUUCAUGAGAAUAAUAGAGACCUGGGAGAGAGAUGCUUCCAACUCAAGGAACAGCGGGACAAUCUGGAGCUAGAAAAUCAGCGUCUGCAAUUCAAAUGUCAAGAACUGGAACAAAAAAUACAAAGCCUGGAGGUGGGGCAGCAACACAAAAAAGAGGAGGAGCGUCAUAUGAGGGCGGAGUUUGAGCGGGAGAAGGAGGAGUUAAAGAAAGUGGCUGCUCACUGGAACGAGAGAUGGCUGGAUGUGGCGAUGACGUUAUGCUCAACUCAGGAAGAACUAGAUGUGCUCAAACGUCAGCAGCAAGAGAAAGACAGAGUGUCUUGUGAAGACCUGAACGGAGAGCUGGAGGAGGAGCUGCUGAGGUUGAGAAACAUGCUGAAGGUCAGAGAUGUUGAGCUGGAGGAGCUGCAGUCUGUUCUCAAUCAGGAGUCACAAAAGAGUAAUAAUGUCCAGAGGCUGGAGAAGCUGCUUUCAGAGAAGGAAAAGGAAUUGAUGGAAAAGGAUCAAGAUCUGAAGAACCUGGAGACUCAGAGGAUAACAGAGAAAGCAGAGGCUCAGAUCAAGAUAUCAGCCCUGGAGCAAGAGAAUUUUGGACAUAAAGGACAUCUAGGACAGGAAGUGGUCAGAGAAUCUAGUCCUGAGUCAAUGUCAGCCCUGUUGGAAGAAAGCAGGAUGCGAGCAGAAAGGCACCAGCACGAAAGAGACCAGGCCUUACAAAAACUGUUUGAUCUUGGAUGUUCCCAGAGUAAAGAAUGUCUACGAGAAAACAUAAAACAGAAACCUGCCACUUCAGACCUUGCAGUUGAUCCCAAUACACAAAGGAGGCUGGUCACUGAGCAGCUGAAAAGUCUGUUCAGAGAGAGAGAGCUGUGUGGAGAAAGAUCUUCAGUGUUCCCAAGAAGACCUUACUUGGCCGAUAAUUUGGUCCAAAAUGCUUCAGAUAUUAAGAACUGGAAUGCUGUUGUUGACGUGAACCAUCAGGGAAGAGAAACGCAGACACCAGAGCAUGAUCUCCAGCAGGGGGCAGCAAAUCCAUCUCCAUCCCAGAUCUCAGACUUUUACGGAGGAUCAGAGGGGUCUGAAGGAGGUGUGGAGGAUAUACAGCCAAUCAGCGUCAAGCAUUCCAGCAAGACUGCCCAGCCAAAGUAAUAUCUCCUUGAACCAAACUUAAAACAGGAGGAUUUCUCUCUGUGCUGACUCAGAUAUGGAAGGGUCCACUUGAGGAACAGGGAGGGAUCGACUGCUGAAGUGAUGAUCAUCCAUUGUGAAGACAACUUUACUAAAUGCACAUUUCUUCUUGUUUUCACAAGUUAAACUGCACAGCUAAGCUAAGAUAAUGUUCACUGCUGUUGUUUAACCUCCAAGUGACUGCACCAGCUGUGAGGUAAAUUUGAAAUCAGACACAAAACACAAACAUGAUUUCAGAUGAAACGCUAAAUUUAUUAGUUUUUAAAAUUGUAACUUUUUA